AUGACUCGAUACGCGGGACUGGGGAGGACGCGCCCAAAGAAGCUCACCCCCAAGGCGCCUAUACCUAUCUACCAUGAACACCAAAUAGACGAGCUCGAAGAAGAAAUUCAAAAUGGCCUACAACAGGUCGAAACCGGUGUCGAGAAGGCCGAGGAGUCGGAAUACCAUUUGCAAGUUGCGAUUAACGCAGUUGCCUCGGGGAGAGUCGUAAAUGAGGCCCAUAUCCCAACUCCAGAGACUGUCCUCAGUAACUUGCAAUAUGACGAGCUAUAUCCUCCAGUCUUCUCGCAGCCGGCGACCUACAUCCGCUUCUCCUCUACGGUUGAGGAUUGCUGCGGGUGUCCGUAUAAUAUGACCGAAGAGGACGACGUAUUUUUGAAGAUCAUGAACGAGAAGCGGGAUCCCGCCGACCGAUGCACGGAGGACCAGUUCGAGGAGGUCAUGAACUUCUUCGAAGAGACUGUGCGGUUAAAGCAGCCGUACGCAGCGGUAGGGAGCGCUCCGGUCUUGAGCUUUGCAGAAAUGCAAGAGUCCAUGGACGCAACCGUAGAGGAUUUCGUAAGACGAUUUGCCAAGGACGUAUACGACCAUUGGAAAACGAGAAGGACAAACAGCGGCAAUCAGUCAUUGCUUUCCAACCUCAAGUUUGAAACUGGCGCAGAUACAGACGAUACAGAUCCUUAUGUCUGUUUCCGUAGGCGUGAGGUCCGUCAGGUUCGCAAGACUCGCGGCAGAGAUGCUCAGAGCGCGGAUAAACUGCGGAGACUUAGAAAGGAGUUGGAGGAUGCUCGUCAACUGGUUGCUCUAGUCCGCCAACGAGAAUUGGCGCGCAAGGAGAUGCUGGCGACGGAGCGGAUUCUCUUCUUGCAGCGGGCUGAAGUCAAGGAUAUGAAGAGGAAACUCCACAUCAAGGACGAUGACGAGGACCUCAUCAACCAGAAGCCCAAGAAGAAGCCGAUGGAGGCACCACCUAUGCAACGUCCAGCGGCAGCCCAGCUUCGUAUGCCGCCGAAACCUGGCGCUCAAGCUGCAGAAGACUUGCAGUUGCUGGAAGAUGUACAAGCAGAGAAGGAGAACGACAUCCUUCGCGAUAUCAAGGCGAACAUCGCAAAGCACAUGAAGUGGAACGAGGGCUAUGUGGAUUACACACGGGCCCCGCUAUCACCGUCUCCUGAAAGGACGGUAGACCUUACAUUCCGUCCUGCGAUCACAACGCAAUUGCCAACGCCCCCGUCAUCAGACUCUUCCGAGAAUAUGCCGGAUCCAACCUUAGAUAUGUCAGGUGCGGUAUCGUUGCGUGACAAGCUCGCCGCGCACGCACUCAUAACGAAUGAGGACACGAACAAUAUGCCUUCAUUCAGGAGACGUAUAGGGCGUGGCGGACGGCUGUUCAUUGAUCGCCGUAACCUUGCCUCGCGAUGUAGAGUGGAGUUAGAUCAUUGGAAGGCAGACCGGUUCAAGUAUGACCAGGAGGACUCGGACGACGAUCUCGUCUAUGAGAUGGAUCGGUACGACAUCUCCCUCAUGCAGAACCGGGCAAUCAUGCUUGCCAAGGCCCGAGACCAAGCGCAUGCGCAGGCGCAAGCAGCCCAAGUGCGCCGGUUGCAGGCCGAACAAGUCGCAAUGAACAGUCUUAGCACGGGGCAAACGACCGGGCAAACAAUGGGAUCGAACCCUGGGCCUGGUGCCAUCGCUCCCACAUCUGAAACUUGA